AUGCGCCGUCACCAAAGAAGCGCUCUGACUCUACCCACCAGUUCCUGCUCUAACUGUGCCGUUGGCGGCUUCUCCAUUCCCACUUGCACCACCGUCUUCGUCAACGCGUGGGCCAUUCAUAGGGAUCCCUGUUUUUGGGGGAAGGAUGCAGGGGAGUUCAAGCCGGAGAGGUGGUUGGAAGCUGCCAAGGAAAAGAGUAGUUUUUCUUUUGGAGGGAAUGAGUUUUGCUACAUGCCAUUUGGGGCGGGGAGAAGAAUGUGUGUAGGAGUUGCAAUGGGAGAGAAGAUGGUUGUUUACAUUUUGGCAUCUCUAUUGCAUUCGUUCGACUGGCAGUUGCCGGAGGGGAAGUCGCUAGAUCUUCAGGAGAGGUUUGGGACGGUUUUAAGGAAGACGGAGCAGCUCUUUGCGGUGCCGGCGGUGAGGUUGGACAAGACGGAGCUUUAUAGCUCUUUGCGGUGCCGGCGGUGA